AAUAAACUUCUUUGCGGUUGGCCAGCAAGGUUGUUGCGAGAUACCCCGGGAGCAGAGUGUGCAGUGUGGUACCCCCCUCAGAUUCGGUUUGUAAACCAAGCUGCCAGGAUGCAUUUCAAGAUCUUGCUGGUAGUUCUCGCCAUAUUCCUCCUUUCAACGCCAGCAGAGUGUUGGAGGAGAAGAAGACGACGACGAAGGAGAUCCCCACCGCCGCCACCCCCUCCUGAUACAACACGACCAACUUUUAUAUCCUGUCCCGGGCCAUAUACAAGGACAACGAGUGAAGCCGAUGGCCGAAUUGUUGUUUCCUACCCGACUCCCACGGCGACGGAUAACCGCGGGACUCCAUCAGUCAGUCGUACCAGUGGACCAGCGUCAGGAUCUCGGUUUGGUGCAGGGCUAACAACAAUUACCUACCAAGCUACAGAUGGGGCUGGGAAUACAAGAAUCUGUACAAUUCAUAUCACUGUCACGGUCCUCCGAUGCUCUAGUGUUCCUUCUAGCAGUCAUCGUACGCACUCCUGCUCAAAGACCAACAUCGCUGGCUCAGUAUGUACUUUCACCUGUCCUACUACUGGAUAUCACGUGGUCGGACACUCAACUUCAACAUGCCGUAGUAGUAGCACGUGGUCUCAUUCAUUUCCAACAUGCCAACUGACAACAUGCAGCCCAAGUCUAACAAGUAUCAGUCAUGGAACAGUUACCUGUUCUAACUCCAACUACUAUGGCAGUAGGUGUACCUUUAGAUGCAGCAGUGGCUAUGGGUUUUCUAGCGGUGGUAGUUCAUCAACACGUUACCGAACCUGCGGCAGCAGCUGGUCUGGAUCCACACCUUCUUGUAUUGAUACUCAACCUCCCAGUUUCAGCUAUUGUCCCAACCCCAUCUCUGUGGUUGCAGAGGAUGCGGUGACGAGCGCUAUUGUCACUUACACGACACCUACGGCAACUGAUAAUGUGCGAAUUGGUCUAUCGGUACAGAAACAACAAGGUGCUGGUUCAGGAAGUCGAUUCAGUCAAGGGUCACAUACAAUCCGUUACAGAGCAACGGAUGCACAAGGCAACACGAGGGAUUGUACUUUCACUAUCACUGUUAGAGUAAUAACAUGUCCAGCACAUCAAAGCAGCCCCCAUUUGGUGAUCAGCUGUCCUAAUGGAUACAUUAAGGGGGCGUCGUGUAGUUUCCAAUGCGGAACAGGAUACCAGUUAUCCAGGGCGGGUUCUUCUUUGUGCCGUUCCAGCGGAUCGUGGAGCCUGCCACGCCCUACCUGCCAAAUUCGGAGUUGUCCAGCCCUGACCGCUCCAGCCCAUGGUAGCUUCAGAGAUGGCAAUUCCUGUCCACGCACCUACGAUUCCCGUUGCAACUUUGAAUGUGAUACUGGCUACACCUUAACAGGCAGUUCAGUCCGACGAUGUACCAUUCAGCAGAACAAUGCUGUGUGGGGCGGGACAACAACUGGAUGUCAAAUUAACACAUGUGCAACACUUGCACCUGGAGAAGGGCUAAAUCCGACCAACACCGGUACCUGUUCAGCUGGUCAUCAUGUGAACUACGGCUCAACAUGUGGUUAUACUUGUGCUACCGGGUACCGAUUGACCGGUUCCCGCAUUAUAUCAUGUGGACCUAAUGGACAAUGGUUGCAGCCACUACCGGUGUGCGAGGAAAUUACAUGUGCUACUAAUGCCCUGCCGACUCCAGCCAAUGGUCAACGGAGCAACUGCAACGGAGACAGUGUAUCCUACGGCACUAGGUGUACACUAUCAUGUAACCGUGGUUACACACCAAGGACUCCCGUAACUAGGGUGUGUCAGAGCGGCAGUAAUCAUCUCGGGGUGUGGUCGGCCGGGACCAUCUCUUGCACAAUAAUAACUUGUCCAAGGCCCAUUGUGCCCAAUCAUGGUUCAAUUAGCUGCACACGUAGUGGACAAACCAGGCCAGCUAUCUCCAGUCUGCCAUUUGAUACAUCAUGCUCGUACUCCUGCAACAAUGGCUACACCCGAUCAGGGCCAGCUAGUCGCACCUGUUUAGUGAGUGGCUCAUGGGAUGGCAGCAAUCCCUUAUGCACAGAUGUAACAGCACCUGUUCUGGAAUGUCCAAGUGAUAAAGUUUUCUUUGCUGCUGAGGGUCAGACUCGUGUCUCUAUUAAUUGGAAUUGGGAACCAGUUGUGGCCACUGAUGUUGGUCACGUUGAUAUAACUGCCGUCGUGGUGACCAUAAACUCUGUCGCUGUCGGCGUUACCAAGCCAACCGCGUUUGAUGAAGGAGUCUACUCUAUUGUCUAUAGGGCAACAGACAACGCUGGCAACCAAGAGUCAUGCUCUUUGCAAGUUGAGGCCAAAGUGACAAGAUGCCCUGGACUUCCAACACCUGCCAAUGGGAUCUUGAGUCUGGUAGCCGGGCAGGGUUCAUGCGCAGACGGCCCCGUCUAUGGCUCACUAUGCUCAUUCACCUGCGAGACUGGUCAUACUCUGUCAUCAGAGGGCGCUACCCACUUGAGACGAUGCAUGAGAAACACUGAUCAAAGUGUGGAUGGAUUUUGGAGUGGGUCACAGCCGUAUUGUGAAGUCAAUACAUGUUCGUAUCCCUCCAUCACUAAUGGCAACAUCUUCGGUUGCCAUGGUGACACUGCCACUUAUGAAGACUCAUGCCUGUUUCGUUGCGACGUUGGUCGAAGGACAACGAGUGGUCAACAAUAUCGGACGCGACAAUGUCGGGCAGAUGGUUCAUGGAGUGGAGCUGAAUUCCAGUGUACAGUUGUGGUGACGUGUCCUGGUCCCUUCUCACUGCCCGAUGGAUCAGUGGAUCCAGCAAUUUGUAGCCUGGCCCAGGCAUUGCCAUACAACACAGAGUGUGACUUCUCAUGUGGCAACGGCUUCGUUCAACAGGGACCUUCAAGUAAGACCUGUACAGACAAUGCAUCUUGGGACAAUACUGGAGCUGUUACCUGUACUGAUGAGCAGAGACCACAAUUUGACGGCACCUGUCCGCAAGAUCUGACAGUCAGCAGUGAGUUCAACAGGACUUCUCGUUUAGUGAACUUCGAUGUUCCUUCCGCCAAUGACAACUCUGGACUCGUCACCGUGAGCAAGCAAGGCAACGGGAGGGGACCAGGAAGCCGAUUUCCAGAGGGGCGGACUAUUGUGACAUACAUCGCCGUUGAUCCAACGGGUAACUCUGAUCAGUGUGAUGUCAUCAUCACAGUCAAUGUUCACCGUUGUGAGAGACUCCUAGCCCCUUCGUCAGGCUCCGUUUCAUGUAAUAACCCUAGCCCCAUUGCUGGCACACAAUGCUCCCUGCGUUGUAAUACUGGCUAUACGAUGAGUGGCUCGCACACCAGAACCUGCCAAGUAUCGACCGACGAUACGCCAUACUGGGAGGGACAGACUACUGUAUGCACAAUUGUGAGAUGCCCAUCCGAGACCUCUCCACCAAACUCCAUCAAGUCUGGUUGUAGUAGUGAAGCAGAUGCAACGGAGACUUAUGGGACUCAGUGCUCUUUCUAUUGCCUGAAUGGCUAUGAAGCAGAGACAACCGAUAAUGGAAGAUCAAGAUGCCUGGCCGAUGGAUCCUGGUCAGGCACGGAUCUCGUCUGCAAUGAAAUUGAAUGCCAGACCCUUUACCCUGGAUCUGGCGUUGAGGUAUUCCCGUCAGUGUGCGCCUCUCAGCCCGUUUUUGGUAACAGCUGCAUGUUCACCUGUACCCAGUCUGGGUUCAGGGUGGAGCCACUGGGUAGUAUGAUUGUGGUCUGUCAGGGGAACGGAGGAUGGUCUCAAGAUGUUACUCAGGUCCACUGUAUCGAUAUUGAAUCUCCUCGCUUCGCUGAUUGCCCAUCCUUCCUGACCGUCUAUACCGAUCGAGGAACAACCGCUGCUCAAUUCAACCCACCGGUCUCUGCUACAGAUAACAAUGGCCAACCGACAGUGUCAUGUGACCCUGGGUCUGAUCAGUAUGAUAUCGGCAACUAUCGGUUUAAUUGUGUCGCCGAGGAUGCUGCUGGUAACUCGGAUACGUGUUCCUUCGAUGUUGAAGUACUUGAGCGAAGGUGUCAUACAUUGUCACCUCCACCUUUUGGGGAGUUUGUCGGUGAAUGCCGAAGCGUGUAUGGCAGCAAAUGCCACCUGAAAUGCAUCGAUUACUACAGACUUGUUGGCUCUAACGAGGCAACGUGUGAAUUUAACGGCACAGGAACGUUCUGGGAAAUUGAGGAAGGGCCUCACUGUGAAUUGAUUACCUGCGACACCAUCUCACUGCCGGACAUUGUCCAUGUCACGCCAUCAAUCUGCAGUACUGGUACCCCGCCAACAGGUUCCACGUGCAGCUUGUACUGUUUAAAUGCUCUCACCCUCAUUGGGGGCGUGUCGUCGGUGUCAUGUGGGGGACAAGGACUGUGGGAUGUGGACUUGGAUGAGGUGAAUGUCAACUGCAAAGAUCAAAUUCCUCCUAUGCUGACCUCUUGCCCAUCUUCAAUCAUCACUCUAAAGUCUGAGGAACCAUCAGGUACCUCAGUGACCUUUGACAUUCCUACAGUACGAGACAACCUGCCGCCUAAUACCCUGACUCUAGUGACUUCACCCUCUGAUAUAACCUCGCCAUACCUAUUCACCCAGACUCUUACGGAGGUGUCGUAUAACUUCACGGAUCAUGGCGGCAAUUCUGUCGUUUGCAAAUUCACAGUUUCUGUGUAUGAUGAUCUUGUGCCAGAGGUUGUGUUCUGCCCGGAAGAUUACGAGGUCGUUGGCGAUAGCAAAAUAACGAGUGUGACAUGGGAGGAGCCAGUUUUCCGUGACCCCACAGGUCAUGACCUUGAGGUCAACAACAACCUCGCUGAGGGAAACACUGCCCUCUUGCCGUGGGGUAGACACACGGUGGUCUACACUGCAAGCAACAACGAUAACGGACAGAAGGCAGUCUGCCAGUUUACCAUCAUUGUUGAACGUGUUGGUUGUAUUUCCCUUGAUCAACCCAAGAACGGUGCCCUGUCUUGCAUCCCAUCGGGUGAUGUCUGCAGCAUCUUCUGUAACGAGGGUUAUGAGAUCUCGCGUCCACGAGGAAGAGGAAGACGCCCUCGUGCGUCAACGCAUCCAGACCAGUAUGUAUGCUCCUUGUCUGGAAACUGGAUGCCUCACAGCAUUGUGCCUGACUGCUCAAUGCGUCGUGGCCAAACCCAACUACCCAUGGACUUAAUGUACUUCUCUGGAGAUUGCAGAGAUCAAUCGACCCAAGAUGCAAUCGCCGAAGCCUUCAUCCAAAUGAUUCAAUCCUCACCCUACAUGGACAGCUGCUCUCUGACAAAUAAAUGCAACAUCGAGAACAUUCAAGUCAUCUGUGGCACAGUGGGAGGCUCAUCUAUAGGGGGCCGCCCUCGAAUCUACCGUAGGGGCGUCGACCACCUCCUUGAGGAGGAUGAGCAGAGUCCGCUUCUUAAAAAAUUAGAAGAUGGCACCAGGAGGCGAAGACGUGAUGCGGAGGUGACUUACGCAGCGUUCAUCAGCUUCAAUCUGAAAUUUGAAGUCAAUUAUGAGGUGGGGAUUGAGAGCCUUGAUGCAGUCGUUACCACGGAGACCAAGAUGAAAGAAGAAGCGGAGGUGUUGAUGUCAGCGUUUGGUAACGGGACGAUGGAAGCAAUGAGCGUGAGCAAUGUUACCUUGGAAGUGGCUGAUGAAAUGAUGUCGUAUGGAGAGUCUAAAUUGACAUGUGAACUGGGCUACGUUGUCAGCAAUGAAACAUAUCACUGCACUGCCUGCAGUUCAGGGACUUGGUACAAUUCAGUCACAGAUGAUUGUGAGUUUUGCUCCAAGGGUAGCUAUCAAGACCAGCAGGCAAAGGAAGAGUGUGUGCUAUGCCCCUCUGGAACUUCAACAGCUGCGGAGGGAGCCAAAACCAGCUCAAUGUGUGAAGCGGUCUGCCCAGCAGGUCAAUAUUCAGAGACUGGUCUCGUCCCAUGCUCCAAGUGUCUUCUAGGAGAGUAUCAACCAGAGACUGGCAAGACGUCUUGCCUAACAUGCCUUGAAGAGAAGACUACUCAAAACUUUGGGUCUCAGUCCCUCAAUCAAUGUCUAGAGAUCUGCCCUCCUGGUAGUUAUUCUGAAACGGGUCUUGCACCCUGCCUUCCGUGUGAACCUCGCUAUUAUCAGCCAAGCAGUGGGAAGCAUCACUGUAUACUGUGUCCAGGGAGGAGCACCACCCUAAUCACCGGAUCCAGUACAGAGGAAGACUGCAUCGAUGCUGAUGAGUGUUCAAGCUCACCGUGUGGCAGUGAGGCUACCUGCAUUGAUCUGAUUAAUGGCUACCGAUGUGACUGUCCACCAGGCUAUGAGGGAAUGAACUGCCAAGAUGAUGUGGAUGACUGUGAAGGUAACAUGUGUGGGAAUAACGCAACCUGUGUGGAUGGACUAGCAACGUAUCAGUGUCUGUGUAUUCCUGGAUUUGAAGGUCACUUUUGUGAGUUGAACAUUAACGAAUGUGCCGAGUCCCCAUGUCUGAAUGAUGCUAUUUGCCAAGAUGCUGUCGCUGGCUAUCGUUGCCAAUGUCCUGUGAACUACCAUGGCACCAACUGUGAGCUGGAGAUAAACAGCUGCUCUCCCAAUCCGUGUCAAAAUGACGGAAUUUGCGUCCUCAAUGAAGGAAGAUACCUGUGUUUGUGCCGGCCAGGUUUCUCUGGAGUUAAUUGCAGCAUCAACAUCAAUGAUUGUGCCAGCUCACCAUGUCAACACGGAGCGACAUGUCACGACUUAAUCGCAGAGGUCUCGUGUGAGUGUCCCACAGGUUAUGAAGGAGAGUUUUGCCAGACGGAUAUAGAUCUUUGUGCCGGGUCUCCAUGUCACAGCGGAGCAGAGUGUAUCGAUCUAGGAUCAUCAUUUAUGUGCCGCUGCCCUCUACACAGAUCAGGUCCUCGAUGUGAAGACACACCGUGCCAGAAUAGUGCUGUCUUUGUUCUGGACGAGAACAUGGAGAUGUAUAGCUGCCGAUGUGUUGCCGGGUACACUGGACGUAACUGCGAGAUUGAUUUUGACGAGUGUGCGUCUUCGCCGUGCUCUAACGGCGGAGUCUGUGUGGAGCAUCAACUCAAUUCUUUUAUGUGUGAAUGUCCUCAAGGGUUUGAAGGAGACACUUGUUCGAUUGACAUCAAUGAAUGUUCCUCUAGUCCUUGUGGGAUCCUCAGUAUCUGUGAAGACGACGAAAAUGGCUACACUUGCCACUGCGCUCCGGGCUUAACUGGUACCCACUGCGAAAACCAUAUUGACUACUGCGCGCCGUCCAUGUGCCAGCAUGGUGGAACAUGCAUGAUUGCAGAGCUCGGUUACCAGUGUGUUUGUGCGGCAGGCUUCACUGGUCGUGACUGUGAAAUCAACAUCAACGAUUGUUCACCGGUACCUUGUCAAAAUGGUGGAAUCUGCAUUGAUCGAGACAAUGGAUUCCUUUGUUUCUGCCAUACUGGAUCCAGAGGGAACCAGUGUGAAGUCAACAUCGAUGACUGCACCCCGAGAGCCUGCCAAAACGGUGGAACCUGCAUUGAUGGAAUUGCGCAGUUUUCUUGUAUCUGCCCAGAGGGCUUCACUGGCGCCCACUGUGAGGAACUGAUCAACUUUUGCCUGAGUAACCCAUGCCAGAACUCUGGUGUCUGUCAGAAUGGCCCUCUAGGCUACCAGUGCUCUUGCACACGAGGGUACACCGGUCUGAACUGUGAGGAAGAUUUUGACUCCUGUGUCUCAUUCCCAUGUAUGCACGAUUCUACCUGUGUAGAUGACGUCAUCGGCUUCAUAUGUAACUGUGCACCAGGUUAUGCUGGCUUCAACUGCGAGGACAAUAUUAAUGAAUGCUCAAGCAGUCCAUGUGUGAAUGGUGGAGUUUGUGUUGACCAAAUUGGCUUCUACGUUUGUCUGUGUGUUGAGGGUUACACUGGGUCUAACUGUGAACAGAAUGUCAACGAUUGCGCCACUGAUGAAUGUUUGAACGGAGCAGUCUGCCACGAUUUGGUCAACGCCUUUGAGUGUUCCUGUCAGUCAGGAUGGACGGGUGAGCUUUGUGAGGAGAACAUUGAUGAUUGUGAGUUAAGUCCAUGCAUGAAUGGCGGCACAUGCUCAGACUUCCUGAAUGGCUACGAGUGUGGAUGUCAACAUGGUUACACCGGGAUAAACUGCCAGACAGAAAUUAACGAGUGUCUUCAGCUCAACGUGGAGUGCCAACAUGGCGCCUCUUGUUUUGACAAGGUUGCGGAUUUUGAAUGUUUCUGUCAGGAAGGCUAUAGAGGGCGCUACUGUGAAGUGGAUGUUGACGAAUGUGAAUCAAAUCCUUGUCAGAAUGGGGGUGUGUGCGAAGACAGAGAGGCUAGAUACACCUGUCGUUGCCCAACAGGCUUUGGUGGUUUACGGUGUGAGACUGAAUUGAAUCUUUGUGAGGAUGAGCCGUGUAGUAAUGAUGCUACCUGCUCUCCUUAUCGCGGUGGUUUCACUUGUUCUUGUGCCAUUGGAUACAGUGGUGACCUUUGUGACAUUGAAAUCAACGAGUGUAUAAGUCAACCGUGCUACCACCAAGGAACCUGUGAAGAUGAGCCUGGUGGGUACCAGUGCGUAUGUCUGCCAGGCUAUAUGGGAGUUCAUUGUGAAACAGAAUUGCCGUACGACUUUGAUCUGGUGUUCAGCAAUCCAACUGAGUCUGACCUCAUUCAGGUCACCAAUGUGACCUCUCAUGACCUUGAUGCCAUCACUGUGUCCCUGUGGAUGAGGUCAACGUCCUGCUUCUCAGAGUUCAUCUUAUUGAAAUUGUCGUCUGCUUGGAAUACUUUUGUUGAGAUUCGAGAUCCUACGGAUCUCAGUCUUAAACUACUGAGCCAUGAUGUCUCCGUUGAUAACCAAGAUUUAUGCAACGGACGCUGGCACAAUCUAGUAUUAACGCUCAACGCUGCAAACCAGGACUGGAAGAUCUACAUUGAUAAAUCGCUGUCAGCAGAGGGCGGUAUUGCAAGCCCUCUAACUAGCUUCCCAAGCGGGUUGACCCUCUCGAUGGGACCAUCAGAAACAUGGACUGGUGCCAAUAGCGUUGAGAUAGAGCUUGGUAAUGUAAACAUAUGGAGGAAUGCGCUGGAUGAAGUCGAGGUUCAAGACCUGGCAUUGUACUGUGUGCCUUUUUCACCCGGUGACGUGUUUGCUUGGGGUCAAGUUGAGACAUUACCAGGGGCGACCAUUACUCAGUUAUUGUCAGUGCCAUCAGUUUGUGAUGAUUAUGAUGAAUGUUCAAGCAGUCCCUGUGAGUCAGGCAGCACCUGUGAAGAUAAGAUCGGCUCCUACGACUGUCACUGUGCAGUGGGAUGGGAAGGAGACCGUUGCCAGAUCAUGACAGACUUUUGUCUUAUUCAAGAAUGUUUGAAUGGAGGGACUUGUAUGGCUAGUCUACUUUCAUUUAGCUGUGUAUGCCAGGAUGGGUAUACUGGAACUAUCUGUGAAACUGAAAUUAUUAAUGGCCAGUGGAGUCCAUGGCUACCUUGGACUGAGUGUUCACAAUCUUGCGGUUCAGGAAGACGGUUCAGAUCACGACCAUGUGAUAAUCCCAGCCCAGAGAAUGGUGGGGAACGCUGCCAAGGGACUAACGUACAAGCCGAAACAUGCAACGAGGAAAUGUGCCCAACUUGUCCAACAUUGCGUCGUCCUUACCGUGGAUACGUCGACUGUAAUACCACGGACACUGGCGAGCAAUCCUGCAGUAUCAGAUGCCGUGAUGGCUAUGAGUUCAACACAACACCACAAGAUGUAUACCGGUGUGGCCCAAGUACCAACCACAGAUGGGAUUUUAACCCCUACAACGCCAGAAGUCGUCUACCGAGCUGUAAUGUUGUGGUUCCACGAGUCGGUGCAGCAGCCAACGUGACGGUAGACUACCCCUCUUUGCAGUGUAGCUCAUCCAGUGACCUACAAAGCAUCAUCCAAACUGCUUCAGGUUUACUGAAUUCCACUCAAGGGAGCUCUGGAUGUCUGGCUCUCAGCACGUGCGCUGCUAAUAUAUCGGUGAGCAAUUGUGAAAGCUCCAACCCUCAUGCAGUGAAGAGGCGCAGCGUGUCUCCAGUGAAGCUUACUAUUGAAGUAGUAAUGGAUAACUCAACCCAUGCUCCAGUCAAUAACUCGGCCGAAUUUGAAUCCGAGUUCCACACCACCCUGCAAGACCUAGCCAAUCUACUAAAGACGCGUCACUUUGGGAUAUCCCAAGAUGGAAUAAUCAUGCAACCGGACAAGGACACUGUGCACUUGGAUUCUUGGGACAUGUGCCCAACUGGUUAUGUCGAGAGUGAGGAGGACGGGUAUUGUGUCCAAUGUGGUUUGGGAAGUAUUUGUGAACUCAGUCAUGAGUCUCGAGACUACGAGUGUCAUCUAUGUCCAAGCAACACCUACAGAGAAGACUGGGGUACCAGCGUCUGCACCAAGUGCCCUGAUGGGAUGGUUACCUACACAGAAGGAGCUGUGAAUUCCAGUGAAUGCUACGCGUUUGAGACGCCAAAAGAAGACCAGAAAACUUCCUCAGAAUCCAUGAUGCUGAUGGCCAUUUGUGGUUUGGGAAUUGUGAUUGGUGUCUUUGUCUUUUUAUUGGCAGUAACAUACAGACGGAAGCAAUCUAAGAAGAGUGUGGAGACCAACCCUUCCACUCUCCUGGAUGUUAUUGAUAUUCUACAACUGAUGGAACCAGAUGGGAAGAGUGUCUCAGAUACGCCAUGUGCAAGUCCAGUCGGUGAUGCUUUUCCAGAAACCUCACCCACUCCCUCUGAUGAUCCAGCUAUUUCGGACAUCUUGCACCUCCCAAACACCAAACUGUAAAAAGAUGUCUCUGCCCUAAACUGCCACAGUGUUUGCCUACACAGAAAUAACUUGAAAUAUAACUUGUAAUACGAGGGGAUGCCGAGUAAAAUGAAAAAGCCAGAUUUAACAGAGGGAUUACAUUCUGCCAAAAUGCUAAUGAAUUGCAAUCAACAUUUGUUUUAUAUAUUCCCAAAACCUUGUCAUUAGAGAAUUUGUCCACCCCAAAAAAAACAAAAUAGACAUGGAAUCUGAUCCAUCCCACACUAACAAUGUAGUUGACUCAAUGUAGACACCAACCUUGUCUCAUUGACCGACCUUUUUUUAAACGACGCUGUGAAUUAUCCAAUAAUUUUCCAUAUUGGACUCCAAUAUUAAAUUUGUUAGUGUCACAGCAGUAUACUCAGCAAAACAAAGCAUGACUUGUGACACAUGUUUUCACCAAUCAAAUGACAAGAAUCUGAGUGUGGUGUAAAACUAGGACUAUAGGGUGUACUAGAAAAUGUUAAAAAUAGUGGGAGUGACAUUAAAAGCUUUGCAGUAUGCGGAUAAUAGGAGGCCACUCACUUAUAAUGUGAGAUCCACAAACUUUUGUUGCCAAUGUUCACAAACCAGAGAGUACAUUUUGAUGAAUUGUGGAAGAUAAACCAAACUGUCUGACUUUAAUGAUUCCUGCCGAUUUGUAGCUUAAUGAAUCAUGCACGUUUUGCUUAAACUUUGCAAGAGAAUUUUAUAUUUGUAAAUGUUUUUAAUUGCUUUUGUAUCUCUGUAAAUAAAACACACAUCGACAGGUGAAGUUCACUUGUUCUAUACUUAAGAUCUAUCCCAAGGAUCAAUAGGCCUACUUAAGAUGAAUCAAAAUAUGAAAAGAAACAAAAUCAAGUGAAAGUUUCAGAUAAUAUCUUUGUUUUGUAGGAGCAUACUGAACGAAAUGUCGAGUGGUUUUUAUACCGGCGCUAUUCAGAACAACCACAAAUCAUAGAGAGAUUCAAAUGGUGUCUCGGCAAACCUUACUAGAUUGUUUUGCAAACUUAUAGCAAAAGUUUGUUACAAGUUUAUAGUUUAUGAAUACUUUAAAGAUGUCUACAGAUGCCAUCUUGAGAAAAAAAGAUGUCCGCAAGGAAUAUGGAAACAAGGUUUCAUGGGAAGAUGUUCAAAGGAAAACCAAAAUGAGUCCUGACAAGGAUUCAUAUUUUGAGUAUGUCUUUGUAAAAAAUGUGUUUACUUGGGACUAACUACUCAGUCAUUUUACUCAGUAAACUGUGGUAUCAUUAAAUAUUUUUUAAUAAUAGCUGGUUCAUGAACCAACGCAUUAAGCUUUUGAUAUGUCAAACCGAAUAGCUGCUUUUAUGUUUUUCUCAAUUCUGCUCCAGUAAGGAAUUAUGGUGAUUGUAUUAACUUUAUUUACUCAGUAAUAAGAAGAGUCCUGUGACAACAAAUCCAUACAGGCUUUGAUGGGAUUCGAACCCAUGACCUUUGCCAAUGAGGAUGAAUUAUGACUAGAUAGACCAUCGAGCUUGCCCAGUAGCCUGAUGGAACGGGCAAAUAUUGCUCAUGUCAUUGAUUAUUGCUGAUCUCAGUUGCACCUUUUUAGCAUUUUAUUUUAAUAAAGCACAGUUUAAAAUA